AUGUGAUUUCCUGUUGGAUCUGUACUCACAUGUGAAGGACUCUGAGACUCAAACAGGCAGGAGUGUCUUUCCAGCAUUACUGCCAGUUUACCAGUCAGCUCCUGCAGUCUGGUCCAUAGACCUCAGAAAGAGAAAGGCCUCCCUCCUCCUAGAAGUGCUGAAACUCCAACCAGGGAAGAAACCAGUAGAGCUGAAGGGCUGGUCAGAUGAAGAGAGUGAAGUGAGGAGUUUCCUUCAGUGUCUGUCCUACAUCUCACAGCUGAGUUUCUGUCCACGGAGGUCUGAUCCCUCAGAGCAGAUCAAGUUCCUGGUGGAUCUCCUGUCUCAAGCAGCAGAGUGGGAGGAGCAGACAGGAGAGAAGACACUGAAGCUGGUAUCAUCAGUGUGUUCUUACAGCACCUUUCCUUUUCUCAAUGGAGACAAUUCUCAACAGAGUAAUUUCCUGCUGGAUCUGUACUCACAUGUGAAGGACUAUGAGACUCAAACAGGCAGGAGUGUCCUUCCAGCAUUACAGCCAGUUUACCAGUCAGCUCCUGCAGUCUGGUCCAUAGACCUCUCAGAGAGAAAGGCCUCCCUCCUCCUAAAAGUGCUGAAACUCCAACCAGAGAAGAAACCAGUAGAGCUGAGGGGCUGGUCAGAUGAAGAGAGUGAAGUGAGGAGUUUCCUUCAGUGUCUGUCCUAUAUCUCACAGCUGAGUUUUAUUCCUCCACAGGAUCAGAGAAGAUCCCCUGAAGAGAGGACAAGGAGAGAGAAGACAUUCCUACUGAAUCUGUGUCUUCAAGCAGUUCUCCAUGAGAGAGGAACCAUACAAACAACUGUAGAGAAAGUGUUGUCACUGUCUAAAGUAUAUCGCUUUCAGAAAUGUGAUUUCCUGCUGGAUCUGUACUCACAUGUGAAGGACUCUGAGACUCAAACAGGCAGGAGUUUCCUUCCAGCAUUACAGCCAGUUUACCAGUCAGCUCCUGCAGUCUGGUCCAUAGACCACAGAAAGAGAAAGGCCUCCCUUCUCCUAGAAGUGCUGAAACUCCAACCAGAGAAGAAACCAGUAGAGCUGAAGGGCUGGUCAGAUGAAGAGAGUGAAAUGAGGAGUUUCCUUCAGUGUCUGUCCUACAUCUCACAGCUGAGUUUCUAUACAGACUGGUCUGAUUCCUCAAAGCUGAUCAAGUUCCUGGUGGAUCUCCUGUCUCAAGCAGCAGAGUGGGAGGAGCAGACAGGAGAGAAGACACUGAAGCUGGUAUCAUCAGUGUGGACUUACAGCACCUUUCCUUUUCUCAGUGGAGACAAUUAUAAACAGAGUGAUUUCCUGUUGGAUCUGUACUCACAUGUGAAGGACUCUGAGACUCAAACAGGCAGGAGUUUCCUUCCAGCUUUACAGCCAUUUUACCAGUCAGCUCCUGCAGUCUGGUCCAUAGACCUCAGAAAGAGAAAGGCCUCCCUCCUCCUAGAAGUGCUGAAACUCCAACCAGAGCAGAAACCAGUAGAGCUGAAGGGCUGGUCAGAUGAAGAGAGUGAAGUGAGGAGUUUCCUUCAGUGUCUGUCCCACAUCUCACAGCUGAGUUUCCAUCCAUGGAGGUCUGAUCCCUCAAAGCAGAUCAAGUUCCUGGUGGAUCUCCUGUCUCAAGCAGCAGAGUGGGAGGAGCAGACAGGAGAGAAGACACUGAAGCUGGUAUCAUCAGUGUGGACUUACAGCACCUUUCCUUUUCUCAGUGGAGACAAUUAUAAACAGAGUGAUUUCCUGCUGGAUCUGUACUCACAUGUGAAGGACUAUGAGACUCAAACAGGCAGGAGUGUCCUUCCAGCAUUACAGCCAGUUUACCAGUCAGCUCCUGCAGUCUGGUCCAUAGACCUCUCAGAGAGAAAGGCCUCCCUCCUCCUAGAAGUGCUGAAACUCCAACCAGAGAAGAAACCAUUAGAGCUGAAGGGCUGGUCAGAUGAAGAGAGUGAAGUGAGGAGUUUCCUUCAGUGUCUGUCCUACAUCUCACAGCUGAGUUUUACUCCUUCACAGGAUCAGAGAAGAUCCCCUGAAGAGAGGAUAAGGAGAGAGAAGACAUUCCUACUGAAUCUGUGUCUUCAAGCAGUCCUCCAUGAGAGAGGAACCAUACAAACAACUGUAGAGAAAGUGGUGUCACUGUCUGAAGUAUAUCACAAUCAGAAAUGUGAUUUCCUGCUGGAUCUGUACUCACAUGUGAAGGACUAUGAGACUCAAACAGGCAGGAGUUUCCUUCCAGCAUUACAGCCAGUUUACCAGUCAGCUCCUGCAGUCUGGUCCAUAGACCUCUCAGAGAGAAAGGCCUCCCUUCUCCUAGAAGUGCUGAAACUCCAACCAGAGAAGAAACCAGUAGAGCUGAAGGGCUGGUCAGAUGAAGAGAGUGAAAUGAGGAGUUUCCUUCAGUGUCUGUCCUACAUCUCACAGCUGAGUUUCUAUCCAUGGAGGUCUGAUUCCUCAAAGCAGAUCAAGUUCCUGGUGGAUCUCCUGUCUCAAGCAGCAGAGUGGGAGGAGCAGACAGGAGAGAAGACACUGAAGCUGGUAUCAUCAGUGUGGACUUACAGCACCUUUCCCUUCUGUGAUGAUGAUGAUGAUGAUGAUGAUGAUGAUGGUGACGAUAAUAAGGAAUAUCAAUGUGAUUUCCUGCUGGAUCUGUACUCACAUGUGAAGGACUCUGAGACUCAAACAGGCAGGAGUUUCCUACCAGCAUUACAGCCAGUUUACCAGUCAGCUCCUGCAGUCUGGUCCAUAGACCUCUCAGAGAGAAAGGCCUCCCUCCUCCUAGAAGUGCUGAAACUCCAACCAGACAAAAAACCAGUAGAGCUGAAGGACUGGUCAGAUGAAGAGAGUGAAGUGAGGAGUUUCCUUCAGUGUCUGCCCUACAUCUCACAGCUGAGGUGAGUCUGAACAUGUGGUGGUUAGUGAUCAUGUGAUGCUAGUGGCUAUUAUCUUGUAGAAACAUUUGACAUAUUAAACUUCAAGUGUUGGUAAACCUUGUAGCAGUAUUGUUAGAGAGGGGUAAAGGUAGAGAUUUGUUGGGACGUCAGACAGGUAUUAACCCUGCAGAAAGGAAAAGAGUAGGAUAGAGAGAGACCCACUACCAGACACACACACAUCAGCAGAAGAGACUGUCUAGAGUGUAGCCUGUUAGCCAGAUAGCCAGUGGAGAGAAAAGAUAAGACUCAUCAUAUAAAACACCCAUCACAGCACAGGGGGAACCCCACCAAUAAUACCUCAUACAAUAAUAAUGGCAGAGCAAUUUAACGGCAACUUCAUAGAAAUAAUAUACAAGAAAGAACCCAGUCAUCAACAAGAGAGGAUUUACAGUAAUCUGUAUUACCUCCCAGUGGAGGAGUGCAGAGGGUAUGAAUGGUGGGGGGUCAUAGACAAACAAAGGCCUUAAAAUGUCCACAAUCUUCUGGGCCACAUGUCAUUAGUACCACAUAUAUACACUUCAAAUAACAAGACACAAUAAACUGGCAAGAAACCUCCCUUUAACUAAAAUGUCAACCCAAAUAUGUCUGGCAGGGCAAUGAUAGUCCAGCCACGCUGAACCUCAAAGGGAAGAGCAUUGAAAACUAUAAUAAAGUCUG